AUGAUAAGGAGGCGGCGUUGCCAGUUUGAGGAAAGCUGGCAAAUAUUUAAGUCAGAGCUGGCCCAGUUGAGAAGCGUUCCACCUGUAGCUCGCGCACAUCCACUUGACCCUGAAUGCACACACGCGGUCACAUCACCUGGGCGUUACCAGGGCGGGACGCGCCGCCCAGAUUCCUCCGGGGCUAAGCUCUUACUUCCGCAGAAGAAAGUAACCCCUCCCCCCCCCACGCGGAGUGACUCAGGCAGAAAACUCGUGACAAAGACAAUGAGGGAAUAUCUUCGCCGGCAGCCUCCUCAACCUCCUUCCAGGGCUGAUUCAGAGCCACCACUUUCUCCUCAGCCUAUUAUCCACAUUCUCUCUUUCGACACAGCGUUAGGAUUCCGCUCCAGCUCACAAGGCCAGGUCAACUCAGCAGUGGUUGUAAAAGAACAUUCCAGUGUUCAUAUCUACCUAGGAUUGGCCCUCAGGAAGCCCCGAACUCUAUCCACUAGAUUAUCGGCUUUGGAAUCCGAACUGGAGAGGAUGGCACGACAAAGAGCACAGCCUAACUUGGAAAGCCUCAAACAAUCUCUGGUCCGAGCAGUUGAGCGUUUUCCUCAAGAAGUGCUGCGUGCUGCUAUUAAUGACUAACUUGUGGGUUACGGCUAUGACGGGGUUCGUUCACCGGAGAGCGUCUACCUCUGUGACGCUAGUUCGUCGCUGAUUACUUCUUCAGGCGACCCAUCACGAACGUAUGGGACCGCUCAUUAUCCGAAUAUCCACCAUCCAUCACCAACCACUUCUAUAAAUAAACUUAGAAGCCUGAGAGGUGGAACUAGAGAGCCGAGGAAGUGGUGGCUAGAAUCCGUUACCUUUGGUAGCCUAGAUCGGCCGGCCUGGUAUUCAGGUAUUCGUUUGGUUCACCUGCCACAGUCACUUUCCACGACCUCCGGAGGACGUCCUCGGAGGGUAGGUUUCAAAACGUCUUCUUCUUUUAUUCACCUCUACAGAGAAGAAGAAGAAAGAAAAAUCGAGCUUAGCACUUUCACGUGUCCAGAGCGGGCUAACGGUAAGCAGGAGAUCCACUUCUAA